GUGGCUGCCUGCUGACUCACCCACUCCUUCCGCAGGCUCCAGGGGCCCCUACAGCAGCCUGACUCCAGCCAGCCCUGGGCCAUGGGGGAAGGAGAUGGAAAAGGGGCUUGGCUCCCUCUGACCCUUCACCCAGCCCCUGCACCCUGGAGCAGGGCUACAGGCAGUGUGACCAUUGUGCUGUUAUUGGCCUAAACACAUAGCAACAGGAAAACAACCCCAAAACCCCAGCCUUAAGAGCAAGUCCAACAGUGCGCGACUCCCCAGGUCAGGAGAAGCCCUGAUGUGCGCAGAAUCUGCAGAUGGGGCCGCUCUCGGCCCUGCCUCUGGCUGUGGAAACAGGCCUCCAAGUACCCAAGAAAGCAAGGAGAUGGCCACCAAGGAGAAGCUGCAGUGUCUGAAAGAUUUCCACAAGGACAUCCUGAAGCCCUCACCAGGGAAGAGCCCAGGCACGCGGCCUGAGGACGAGGCUGAGGGAAAACCUCCGCAGAGGGAGAAGUGGUCUAGCAAGAUCGACUUUGUGCUCUCUGUGGCUGGCGGCUUCGUGGGCUUGGGCAAUGUCUGGCGCUUCCCGUACCUCUGCUACAAGAAUGGUGGAGGUGCGUUUCUCAUACCAUAUUUUAUUUUCCUGUUUGGGAGCGGCCUGCCUGUGUUUUUCUUGGAGAUCAUCAUAGGCCAGUACACCUCUGAAGGGGGCAUCACCUGCUGGGAAAAGAUCUGCCCCUUGUUCUCUGGUAUCGGCUAUGCCUCCAUUGUAAUUGUGUCCCUCCUGAAUGUCUACUACAUCGUCAUCCUGGCCUGGGCCACAUACUACCUGUUCCAGUCCUUCCAGAAGGAGCUGCCCUGGGCACACUGCAAUCACAGCUGGAACACACCUCACUGCAUGGAGGACACCAUGCGCAAGAACAAGAGUGUCUGGAUCACCAUCAGCUCCACCAACUUCACCUCCCCUGUCAUCGAGUUCUGGGAGCGCAACGUGCUGAGCUUGUCCCCUGGAAUCGACCACCCAGGCUCUCUGAAAUGGGACCUCGCUCUCUGCCUUCUUUUAGUCUGGCUAGUGUGUUUCUUCUGCAUCUGGAAGGGCGUCAGGUCCACUGGGAAGGUCGUCUACUUCACAGCCACUUUCCCAUUCGCCAUGCUUCUGGUGCUGCUGGUCCGAGGGCUGACGCUGCCGGGCGCGGGCGCAGGCAUCAAGUUCUAUCUGUAUCCUGACAUCACCCGCCUUGAGGACCCACAGGUGUGGAUUGACGCUGGGACUCAGAUAUUCUUCUCUUACGCCAUCUGCCUGGGGGCUAUGACCUCGCUGGGGAGCUACAACAAGUACAAGUAUAACUCGUACAGGGACUGUAUGCUGCUGGGAUGCCUGAACAGUGGUACCAGUUUUGUGUCUGGCUUCGCAAUUUUUUCCAUCCUGGGCUUCAUGGCACAAGAGCAAGGGGUGGACAUUGCUGAUGUGGCUGAGUCAGGUCCUGGCCUGGCCUUCAUUGCCUACCCAAAAGCUGUGACAAUGAUGCCGCUGCCCACGUUUUGGUCCAUUCUUUUUUUUAUUAUGCUUCUCUUGCUUGGACUGGAUAGCCAGUUUGUUGAAGUCGAAGGACAGAUCACAUCCUUGGUUGAUCUUUACCCAUCCUUCCUAAGGAAGGGUUAUCGUCGGGAAAUCUUCAUCGCCUUCGUGUGUAGCAUCAGCUACCUGCUGGGGCUGACGAUGGUGACGGAGGGUGGCAUGUAUGUGUUUCAGCUCUUUGACUACUAUGCAGCUAGCGGUGUAUGCCUUUUGUGGGUUGCAUUCUUUGAAUGUUUUGUUAUUGCCUGGAUAUAUGGAGGUGAUAACCUUUAUGAUGGUAUUGAGGACAUGAUUGGCUAUCGGCCCGGGCCCUGGAUGAAGUACAGCUGGGCUGUGAUCACUCCAGUUCUCUGUGUUGGAUGUUUCAUCUUCUCGCUCGUCAAGUACGUACCCCUGACCUACAACAAAACAUACGUGUACCCCAACUGGGCCAUUGGGCUGGGCUGGAGCCUGGCCCUUUCCUCCAUGCUCUGCGUUCCCUUGGUCAUCGUCAUCCGCCUCUGCCAGACUGAGGGGCCGUUCCUUGUGAGAGUCAAGUACCUGCUGACCCCAAGGGAACCCAACCGCUGGGCUGUGGAGCGCGAGGGAGCCACACCUUACAACUCUCGCACCGUCAUGAACGGCGCUCUCGUGAAACCGACCCACAUCAUUGUGGAGACCAUGAUGUGAGCUCUCUCGGGUCGACGGGGCCGGCGGCUUUCCUGCUGUUUACUAACAUUAGAUUCUCAUAGGACCAGGUUUACAGAGCUUUAUAUUUGCACUAGGAGUUUUUUUUUUUUUUUUUUUUGGUAAUUGUCACAGAAAAUGUAAUUGUGGGUAUGUGUGCGUGCGUGUGUGUGUGUGUGUGUAUCGUGUGUGUGUGUUUUGUUUUGAUUUGGGGGAUAUUUUGUACAAAAAGAAAACCCACGGGAAGAUGUCCGUGGAGAGGCAGAGCUUUCAUACUGAAUUAGAUGUAUUUUAUGGGAAUUUGGUAAAUUUUUCUUUGUAUUUUUUUUUACAUAUAAGUAUAUAUACACUUAGAGAUUGUCGUAUACUUUUACCACUUGAAUUGAUCUUCUUGCCAGCAAUAGAUCUCAUUUUCAAAAGCAAUUCUUCGGUGCUGUGUAGCUGGCAGAAAGUUCUGUCCAGUAAACGCAGGAUGGAAUUUUCCUGGGACUCUACACCCAUCUUAAGGUGGUAUACCUUCCAAAUCCUGGUUCAGAUGGAAGAAAUAGCAGGAGAGAGGACCCAUUAGCUGGCAGACCCAGGGGGAAGAAAGGAGGGCUGUGAGGAGAUACCUCAUUAAACUUGGCUUAGUGAAGAAGAGAGAUGCCAAAGGAAUGAACCAACCUUUGGCAUCUCUCUUCACAUAAAGGAGACUGGCUGAAGCUGAAUGAGGAGGCCCUAUAGCAGAAGUCUGAUUCUAAGAGCAGUAGAAACUUGUACCAGAAGCAAAAUCCCACUUUUAAUUUUGAGAUGGUGAGUGGACAGUCAGUAGACCGUCAGAACCACUGGCCAGAGAGGGAGCUGCUAGAGAUCCAAGAAGGCUGGCAGGAAUGAGGCUCACAACUCAGCCUCGCAAGAGGUGGCAAAGGCACAGGAGGCCACAGUCCUUCCUGGGGCAUUCCAGGCAGAGAAGGAGCAGAGGCUCUCCCGGCAGGAGCUGGGGUCUCAGGGCUCAGAUGAGUCUGUUGCAUUUGAAUGGGGUCAUAGCAGGUUCUGGCCAUUCCCCAAGCAACAUCUCAGCAUCUCUUAAAGUUGCCUGCAGGAAUGAAGCAUGACAUACCUGUUGAGGGACUAGGGGAGUGGUGGGGAGGUGAGUGGACCAAAGGAUAUAGGCCCCAGGCAUGCAGAUGGGCCCGGUGUUGGGGAGGGGUGCUUUCUUUCCUCAUCUCCCCACUCCCCACUCUCAGCCUGGGAGACUCCUGCCAAGCCCUCAUUAAAGAUGCCACCCUGGGCUGCCCUGGCACCUAGCAAGGCACACCAAGAACAGCUUUUGAGUCUGGAUCCUCCACCGGGGGAAGUGCUCCCAGUUCAGAACAAGGGCAGCCCGUGGUGCUGACCUAGGAUAUAACAAAGCUCUUCACUUCAAAACCCCUGCAAUAGCUGGGUUUACAGACAUUUACCACCUGGGGAGCCAAAAGAGAAGGCCUAGGAGAGUUUUCUAGAAGGUUGGGAUUGUCAGGGUCCUGGCCCCCCAGAACUGGCUUGAUCAAGGGCCUUAUGUGGAGCAGAGGUUGUCUCUGAACCAGGAGAGAAGGUACUAUACCUUUCAAAUCCCCAGGGCAGACACACCCCCACCCAGCCCCUAUUUGGACCUAAACUGUGCCAUUUGAACAGUCACUUCCAAGCUCAGUCUAAAUGAAACCGAAACAUGACCACGCACAAAGGCAGUCACUGCCUCGAGGGGUGCAGACCGCAGAAUUUUCACAGCAGGGGCUCUUGGAACCCUGGAAACCCCCUUCUUAAAUUUGGGAGGAGGAGUACGCCUUUGGUGUCCCCCUCCCAAGGGGCAAUUCUGAACCCCAUCUUUGGCAGGCAUACAUAUUUCACUGUUUCCAAAGCUAUCUACUCUGCCAAACAACACCCAGUCCUAUUCCAAACUCUCAACGAUUCUAUCUUGUUCCUGUUUUUCUAUGUAUUUAUGGUUGCCGUUUGUGUCUGAUUUGAUUUUACUGUUUUUUCCCUGAUUUUAUGGAGUAGCAUUGUGACCUGUUUUCCUUUGUCUUAUAUAACUUUAGUAAACUAACCACUGUCAAUGAUUGAGGGCAGGUGGCACGUGGGGAAGAGGGGACUUGGCACGCAGUGGCUACCUGGGCAUUUGUGGUCAUUUCAGUCUCCAUCUCCCCAGCGGGGGCUCCCUGGGUGAAAGGCCACAGUAUUUUGGGUUGGUAGGCAAAUUGCAACAUUCUGGACAUGGCCUGAGGAAGGCCUCUUCUUAUAAGAUUCUCAGACCAAAUUCUAGACCAAAGACACAUGCAGACCAAGUCCCCAGGCCCCGCCUGGAAGGAAGGCCAGCCACCUUCCCCAAGUCGUUCCUCAACUCUCCCCAAGGUACCUGUCUCCAAUCAGAGCCCUCUCGCCCAGCCAGCCCUGGCUCUGUGUGCAGAGCAUAGCUCUGCGAGUACCUGUGUAAUAAUGCUCAACCUUCAUGUCUCCGUAUAAACGAAACUUUCCAUGAGCGCUCAUGACUCUGGUCCACCUGUCUAUAGAGAAUGGGCAAAGUCCUUCACCUGCUUUCUGCUUGGGAUGGGUCAGAAAUGCUGAUGCCCGCACAUAGCCCAGCCAGCCAGAUCUGGAAAGGAAGCGAGGGGGUUGUUUAAAUCAAUUUUUUAAGAUGAAGAAGUGGGAGACACUGCGUUGAGAUGGGCCAUGCUAGGGCCGCAGAGGAGAUUUCCUGACGGUCAGGGAGAGAAGGGCCUCCAGGGUCCCCUAACCCAACGCCCUUGUUGUAAAUGAGGUAACUGAGGCCCAGGGAGGCACUGUGAGCCAGGAAUGGAUUUUCUUGAAACAGCUCUAGCUGCAGGUUCUCCGAGGUAGGUGCAGGGAAUGGUGAGUGUAUAACCAGGGCUGCAUCCGGCAACAUCCUCAAGGUCUUCCUGACAACCAAAGACAAGCCUUUAUGGAAAAGGAAAUGCGCUCCCCUCCAUGUUCAGGGAUGAGGGGAGCAGCAGCAGCCACACUCCCACCAUCCUCGCAGAAUUGGGCCCAUGCUGUGGCUCCGUGAGCUGGGUGACUCCAGCCUCACCUGCACACCCCAGCCCUGCACAGGGCCCUCCUUCCUCCCAGCAGCCCUUGGUGAGCUAGGAAUUGAGACCCCUGUUUGUGAAAGAGGGAACUGAGGUGCAGAGAAGCCAGAGGUGUGCCAGAUCCUUAGGCAGGAUUUAGAUGAAGUCGCCCUGGCUCCAGACUGACCCCGAGGCUCUGCGGGGAGUUUCCAGGCAGCAGGAAGUGGCCUUGGAUGCUCUCCUUCCAGGACAGCAUAACCCCUGGGCCAUGUGCAGCUCCUUCACUGCCCCCUGGAUCCCCAGCAUACCCCCAAAGACAGUGGGGAAACACAAGGGGCGAGCACAGCAUGGCCCCUCCAGCCCACUUCAGGGCACUCUUGUAUCACCCGGGUACUGCCACACUGGUCCCCCACCCAGCCAGCAUCUCCCAGCACAGCCCCUCUCCCUGGGGAAAUGCUCUGGGUAGCCAGUCUAAAGGCAGAGGCACCUCACUGCUCCCCGCACCCCACCCCACCCAAGAUUCAGACACAAGCCAGGAAAGGACCCAAGAGAAAAUCCUUCAAGGUGGCCUGAGGUCCCAUCCCUCCCUCAGACCCAUGUGGUCCCAGGCCAGGCUGUCUGUGUAGACGCGGUAAAUACCACUGUGUGCAAAAAUCGAAGUACAAAACCACAAGACUAAACAAAACAAACCCAGAGAGCCAAACUUGUAGAGGUGGGCAGUCCAGAAAGCAGGGGGCAGCCCUCCCCCUUUCCUUCUCUCCCUGACCCUCAGAAUAUAUAUUGUUGUAAUAGGAAGCAUUUUUUCAUUGUUCUCUUGUGGGUGUCACUACAGACAUGUUCUGGCGUGUUCUCCGAGGGAUGGAGCAUCCUGUUAUAUAUUUGACUUCAAAUUGAGAUGUUGGCUUCAUUUUUUUUUUUUUUACCCAAUUAAUCUCCCAAUCCCUAGCAACUGUGACUCUGUAUUUAGCACAAGAGAAAGCUGAGAACGUGGGUCUUGCCUCCUUCCAGAAAUAUGUCUGGCUCAUCAGGACAUUUUUUUAAAACUUCAAAAUAUUUUUAAGAUAUUUUAAACUUUUAUAAAAAAAAAUCAACCAACAAGAGACUUUUCUGAGGAGGAACAUUUGUAUUUGAACAAGAUCCUUGGUGUGUAGUUCAGUCUUGCAGUAUACAAGCUUUUGUGUAUAAAUGUUUUAUGAUAUGAUUCCCUGUAUUUUGCAGGGGUUUUUUUCUCUUUUGCUUUUUAGAUAAAUAUGUAUAUCGAUAUUUUAAAUUCAUCUUUGCUUUUUUUAGAGGAGUUUGUAAUCACCUUAUAACAUGAAAAUAAACAUUUCCUUUUUAACAUCCAA